ACGUAAACAAGUUAUAGUAUUUCCUGAUUCAGAUAGUUGUGAUUUAUGAGACUUUCGUAAAAGAUAUAUGCAUUCAUACCGUAUAAUAUACUAUGAGCUUUCACCUUUAAUGCAUUAAUUAAGGCACAUUUAGUGAGCAAUUAGUGAUUACAACAAAUAUGAUGCUUACUAUCUUUAUAGUAAAUAGUAUUACUAUCGGUUCAUAUGCAAAUUUAUUUCCACUGACUGGAGACGAAAUCCGAGAAAAAUCAUUUGAGGUGAAACUUCCUUCCAGUUUGACGUUUCCUUUCACGGAUACAUUGUAUAACAAAUUAUAUAUUUUGAAAGAUGGUAUGAUUGGAUUUCAUCCAAAUGUUGCUUUUAGUGCAAAGUUGUAUUCCUCCAGCUUAAGCAGGAAAGAUCCAGCGUUUAUAGCCCCUUACCAUUAUAAUGGAUAUGACAAUCCGGGUGAAGCCCGUCCAAGUUGUUCAGGUCCAGGAAAAAUACUUUACAGGAGUGGUGCAGGUGAAUCCCCUUCUCAAAUUCCAGUAGAUGAGGUAACGGCAUACAACAAGCUCGUACAAAAAUCUUUCGUCGGAAUGAAACAAUUUACAGCAAAAUGGACGUUAAUGGUUACAUGGGAAAACGUUUACAAAGCUCAAGACGACAGUAGCUGGUCUGACUGUCAGACGUAUACAUUUCAAGUUCUAUUACUGACAGACGGUAUAUCAAGUUUUGCUAUGUUUAACUAUCCGAGUGUUAGUGUGGAUGAAAGUCAUUUAUCUUCAAAUUUUAUUCAGACUGGUUUCAAUGCAGGCGAUGGAAGAGGGUUUACGCCCGCAAAAAUAAAUUUGUCUAAAAGAUUUUUCUAUAAGGUAGACAAAAGAGACAUUGUUCAAGGCGGCUGCACAGACGAGGGUAAAGGAACAAUCAGCAUCCAUCCCGAAACAGUUAGCAUGUUUGGUGGACAGAUGGUUGAAAUCUUGGGACCAUGUAUACCACCUGAAAUCAAAGUUAUCAAAUGCAGAUUUGGAAAAAAUGAUAAUUUUGUGACAUAUGGAUUCAAAGUUGAUGCAGAGAGAGUUAAAUGCUCGGUGCCUUUUUUAACGUUUAAAGGAUGGACCACAAUAGAACUUGCUUUAGGUUUUAAUCAGUACAUGUAUUCGACGAAAAUAUUUGUUGCAAUUGAGGAUACUGAAAAUAAAAGACUGGGUCUUCCAUAUCUUGGGAAACAUUCUGGAUGGAAUGAAACAGAUACGAGAAAGUUAACAGUCACUUGGGAUAGUACCAAAUUAACGUAUGACAUAAACGCAAAGGUCAAGAUUGAAUUGAUUGGAUAUAGAGAAACUGACACCGAGAUACAACAACCAACAUUAUUAGAAAUCGGUGAAACACAAGCAACAGCAAAUACUCUAACUUUUGAUACUGACAAAAAGUUAUGUGUUAGUACAUUUUGUACGGACUAUGAAAUCGGCUUUGUCAAAGUUGAACUGAUGGACCAAACACAAGCGAACAGUUAUAGGUAUCAAAUUGCUGACGUAAUGCUGGGAUAUUACGUCAAUAUAGCAAUGGCUAGUCAGUUUGGAAAAGAUUGGCCAAAUAUGAAAUGCAAACAAUGGUACAACAAUGAAAAGAUAAAUGUUGCAUGGGUUAAAGGAUUAUUGUCAUGUCCUUGCACUCUCACACAAGCUUUUGGUGAUAUAGGGCGCUGGAAAUCUGACGACGGGUGUGAUAUUGAUAGCGGCAGUAGCUGUAUUUAUCACAAAGGAGCUGUUCACUGUGUUAGAACUACAGAAUCAACAAUUGAUGGUGCAGGUAACCAGUGUUGUUACGAUGAAGAUGGUAAUUUGAUGUUCAAUGGAGACUCUUAUCAAGGCAGUUCAUCUGAUCGUUCUAAUCCUGCAGGGUUGUUUCCAUACCAACGACCAAAGACUGUUCCCUCUGUAUCACAUAUGUUGCAAGAUGUAUCUCCGUACUAUUAUUGUUGUCUAUGGUCCAGUAACGAAUACUGUAAUAUGUACACGGAACUAAGACCAACAAUAGAUUGCACUAAGUAUAUCCCAACAACUCCAGGCAUUAUUUUUGGCCAAGGACAUGUCAGAACGUUCGACGGUUCUUCUCAUCGAAUCUGUGCGAAAGGUGACUUUAUUUUGAUGACAAUUAAAGCUCCAGAAUUAGAAAAGGUUAUAGUUCAGGGAAGAUUUUCAGACAAUGUUGUACAUAUAGAUGGUAUGUUGAAUAACAGUUUUACCCUAACCAAUCUUGGGGUAGAAGUCGGUGUUUUAGAUACUGUGGAAAUACGACUGAGGCCACCACUACUAGGACAACAGAAAAGUCAUCUAGAAGUUGUUGUUAACAAUAAGUACUUCUACUUCAAUACUAGGUCAACCAGAUGGCAGGAUUUUGAUAAAUUUUCUGUUAUGAAUACCAAUCGUCUAAACCCCGAAGAACAUAGCAAUUUCACUAUUAUACUAAAAAAUGGAAUCGGAAUCCAAGUUGCAACAAAAGAUCAUAUAAUGACAGCACUGUUUAUGAUUCCAGAGAAACUUAAGGGUUAUGUGGAUGGUUUACUUGGUGAUUUCAACGGAAAUCCGGAGGACGAUCUUGGUGAUGCUGCGAAUGGUGCCAGCACCUUAGUAACUUAUCAGAUGUUUCAGUAUAAAUGGGCUGUUAACAACUCAAUUCAUUCCGUUAUGAAAGUUAACAUAGAACCGGCAAUGAAUGCUGCAUCCUGUUCAGUUGAAGAUAAUAUACCAGAGGCGAUGUUUUGUGGAGGCAAUCAACCAUGUAAUUUUGAUUUUGCCUCGACUAGAACCCAAGAUGCUGCAAAAUCUACACUGUAUAUGUAUGAACGAAUGAACGAAAUACGUAGCUUCAUGAAGCCUGUUCAGUCCUGUGGGUUUCUCGACAUCCCAGAUGCUAUAAAAAGUAGUAGGAAUACUAAUGUUGGAAGCACUGUGACCAUAACAGGUUGUAAAACAGACAAUGAACCAACUGAGCCUACUACAUUUACAUGUCGACUCUCUGGGGGAAAUAGUUCCUCAUGGAAUCCAAAACCAACACCAGUUUGUUCAGAAACGGAGUCCGUAGUGAAUUCAGAUGUAAUUAUAGGUAUAGUUAUUGGUCUAGUUACAGUCAUUCUGCUCGUCAUUUUAGCCAUAGUUUUUGUGAAGAGAUUUAUGACGACGAAAAAAAAACAUGACAAGUAUAAGAGAGCAUCAAUGAAUGAGAAUUCAGCAAACGCAGAGCUAUAAAGAUUGACAUGCUAUAACUUAUACACCUAUCUUGUGUACUCAAGACCGUGUGAAGGUUGUGUGGGCCAUUUAAAGCAAUAAAAAAUUGUUGUGAAAGUGCUUUUAAAAAUAUAGAGACAAAACUAUGAACAAUUAUUAAAUGGUGCCUUCGCCUUCAGUCAAUAUACUUCUUUCAGGUCAAUAUAUCCUUGUAUCGACCUCAUACAAAGGCGAUAUUUGAAUAUUUUAAUAUGAUAAUAAUGUAUCCUUAACAAUUUGCAUUAGAAUAUAAAAUGCAUAAACUCGCAUAUUUUUAAAGAAAGAGGCAUGAAGAAAUGAUUAACAUCUAUGCAAUGAGUAUUUUAUGAUAGGACUGAUUUUACGAUGAUUAUGUUGAAAUAGAAUUAUAAUGUUAUUUUUAAAAUAUAAUAGGGCAGAUUUUUUACGAUUUUUAAAAAUAUGCUUUGAUUAUAAAGUAACUUAUAAAUAUGAGUGUUGUACUCGUUGUAUGUUGUUGCUAGAGUUAAGGUUAAAUUACGCUGGCAAAUGGUACUAUCAAAGUAUUAUGGAUUAGGAGAAAAAGCUUGUAAUAUUUUAUAAUAUAUAAUUACUAUAUUAACACACACGAGUAAUUUAAAUCAAAUCAAACGAACCGCUCUCUUAUGCUCGAUUAUUAUUUCGCAAAGUUAGAAUAAAAAUUGCUCAUGUUUAUGCUAUAUUUCUAGUGCGCAAGGAUUGAUUUUCCUAACCAAAGGAUAACAAUCCAGAAUUUAAACGCUAAGCAUUUUUGAGAAUUUUUAUUAGAUGCGUGAAACAUUCAAAAUAUAUGAUCUUUAAAAAAAAAGAUGUAUUCGUAGCCAUUACGAAACAAACAAAAAUGAUCCUUGAACGUUUUUUUUUUCUUUUUCUGAAUUUCGCAUUCGCGGAUAUUACUGAAUGUUCUAACGGGGUUUUGAUGACAUUUCAAUUUAUUUUGCUCAACUUCAGUCAGAUCAACCGAAGUCAGACCAACCUUACAACAUUAUUUGGAAAAUAGUUUAAGAGAAAUCGUUUUAAAAUCUCAGGUACUAUUAAUAUAUUAACCUCAUUUCCUCCUACUCUUUACAAAUCAGUAUUUCGCACCAAAUAUAGGGAUAUUGUGUGGUUUUUAAAAUUUAUAAAAGUACUACAAUUGAAUUAAUAGACUACUCUUUCCAAUGAAACCAAUAUCAUAUUGACGAUUCUUAUUCUGUUUAUCAAGUACGCAAAAUCCAUGUUUCGACUGCUGACUCAUUUGUGAUGCUCGUACAUGUAUCAUGACGAUUGAACAUCCAGAUAAAUAACUUAUUUGGAAAGAAUUGGAAACUACUCACUAAAAAAGUUGUUCCACAUCAUGUUUAUGAAUUAGGAGAUGUGGUUUGAGUAUUAUUCACAAAUAUAGAAUGUUAACAAUUUAAAAACAUAUAUUAUGUUUGGGGUACAUGAAACACUUUUUUCUCGAUUUAUUUAAUUAUUUGACAAACAGUAAAUUGACAGAAAAUUACGGUUUUGAUAAAAUUGCAGGCAAAUAUAUGAGUGUAGGCUACUGGGAUAUAAGUACUCUUGGGGAUGAAAAGAAAAAUAUUUCUGACGUAAAUAAUCAUACAUCCUUUACCAAGCUAUCUUUAAACAUGUUUAACUUAUUUGAAUUCGGAUUUCACCACAACUGCUUACUUCACGAGGAUUUCCGUGUUGUGAAAUACCAGAGGGCAUUUAAGUCAUCAUCGAAUCAAAAUUUGUUUUAUGUUUACUUUAACAAUAUUAUAAAUAGCCAGUAGUAAUUUGUAGGGUUUUCUGUUUAAGAUUAAUACUAAUUUUACUUUGCAUAAUGACAAUUCUUGUGCAUUUAUUCGCACAGAAAAAGAACAUGGACUGCUUAAAUAAUGAGGAUUUAAGUUUAUGUGUUAAAUAAAAUAAAAUAAAGAAUAUGUUUUAAACUAUGCUUCAGUUCUUUUAGAUGCAGCAUCUGUUUCAAAUGGAUAUUUAAUGAAAUACUCCACUUUUUUUUUUAA